AAUGUGAUGGAUAGCAUGUAUGUGACAUAGUUCUAAAUUUAGCAUCCUGUCUCUCUAUAAAUAGAAUUUGCAUUAGCCAAAGGGAACUUGACUCCUGCAGCAUCCCAGCUGGAGGGCUGAUGAUUAUUCAGAGAGUGGUAUUGAAUUCACGCCCCGGCAUCAAUGGUGUGCCAACUGCAGAAAACUUCCGUAUGGAGGAAGCCACUAUAUUGGAUAAAAUGUCAGAGGGUCAAGUAAAAGUUCGUACACUUUAUCUGUCUGUGGAUCCCUAUAUGCGUUGUCGUAUGAAUGAAGACUCUGGUUCUGAUUAUAUUCUGCCCUGGAAGCUAUCUGAAGUUGCCAGUGGUGGAGGAAUUGGUGUUGUGGAAGAAAGCAAAGACGCUUGUUUUUCCAUAGGAGAGUUUGUAACUUCCUUUAACUGGCCAUGGCAGACUAAGGCCAUUUUAGAUGGAAAGCAGAUUGAAAAGGUUAAUCCACAUCUUGUAGAUGGACAUCUUUCCUACUUUUUGGGUGCAGCUGGCUUGACUGGACUGACCUCUUUGUUAGGAAUAAGAGAGAAAGGACAUGUGACUCAAGGUGCUAACCAAACCAUGGUUGUCAGUGGAGCUGCUGGUGCCUGUGGCUCACUGGCUGGGCAGAUAGGUUUCCUGGAGGGCUGUUGCAGAGUAGUUGGUAUCUGUGGAACCAAUGAAAAAUGCUCUAUUUUGGUCUCGGAAAUGGGUUUUGAUGCAGCUAUCAAUUAUAAAGAAGAGGAUGUUGUGCAACGACUGCAUGUGCUCUGCCCAGAUGGAGUGGAUGUGUACUUUGAUAAUGUUGGUGGAGACAUCAGUGCUGCAGUGAUAGCUCAAAUGAAUCCAAAUAGUCAUAUUAUUUUAUGUGGGCAGAUCUCCCAGUACAACAAAGAUGUGCCUUAUCCUCCUCCACUCCCUCCUGCGACAGAGGAAAUAAGGAAAGCACGGAACAUCACUAGGGAAAGAUUUCUAGUUCUGAACUACAUCGACAAAUAUCCAGCUAGUACUGUGCAGCUUUGUCAAUGGAUCAAAGAGGAAAAACUGAAGGUUAGAGAGACUGUUGUGAAAGGCUUGGAAAACAUUGGAGCUGCUUUCCAGUCUAUGAUGAGUGGAGGCAACACUGGAAAACAGAUUGUGCAUGUUUCAGACUAAAAAUAUCUUUUUACUGUUAUAGAGAAAAAACAACUUUCAGAAGUCAGGCAUUAUUUUGUUUUUGCUAAAUAUACUGUUUGCAUUAACUGACCAGAAAGCAAAUUCCGUACCCUCAUUUUUAACAGUGUUCAUAAAGAUUGGACAACUCAUUUUUGUGUUUUCAAAAUGGAAAUUAUAUCUAGAUUUAUAAUAUCUGAUGUUUAGACAAUCUGAUGCUACUAACACGUAAGUCCAGCUUCCAUACACAUUGUCUGCCCCAGGUUCAAUGCUGUUGGGAAGUGUUUAUUUUUCUGCUUUCCACAAUACUGUGGUUCAUUCAUAUUCCUCCCAAGGUUCUCCCAGCUGCUUUCCUAUCUUUCGUUGCUGCAGUAUUUUGGGAAGAUCAUGUUAAGGCUUGGAUAACUAUUAUGUGAGUGAGAACAUUUGGAAUUUCCCUCCCCCAUGGCAGCCUUUUUACUUGGCAAUGUUCCCAUUGUGGCUACUUCCUCCCCCUGCUAAUGGGUUUGUUUUUUUAAUUUGCAACAGACUAUCCUUACAUUCCCCCCUCCUCCUGUCAGUGAAUAUGUCUGUGAAUUCUUAGAUUUCAUUUUAAAAAGAAAGUAAAUUAUAACAGAAAGCUCUUUUGUUUUAAAAUGAAAGCUGGAAUUCAGAGACACGUAUAGUUUUAACAGUACAUCAGUGUAAGUCUCUAUUCUCUUCUGUUGUGGAGGUGAGAGGUUUCUCUCUGCACCUCUUGGUUUAUGAUGCAGGAGAGGGGAGGGACAAUCUUUCUUUUUGUAUGAAUAUUAUGCAUAAAAUGCUAGAUUGUUACAAUACAUGUUUGUGUAAAUGAUAAUAAAAUAUUAAUUCGAUGUAUCCAUCCAAAUAAAAAGAUUUGAAUUAAAUGUUUUUGAAAAAUGAAAGUUAGUAUGGAAGAGCUGAACUUUUAUGUCUUCAUUAAAGCUCAGUGCUACUUAAUGUUAAGUAACUGCAGUUCCAUGGUAAUAAUGCCGACAAGACUCCCCCCACAUGGGGAUCCCCAAUAGUUAUUAAUACCUAAAGAUCUGGCUAGACUGCCAAAGGCUUGGAUAAAAUAUCCAGCUUGAUAUUAAAUUUGGGCUCCGAGAAACUGGCAGGAAUUCCCCUGGAUAGUCUAAAAGGGGAGUAGCCCACUUGCUGGAAUGCUCUGUGGAGUACAUUAAUAAAAGGCUGUGUAUUUCAAGCUUCUUGAGCUCUCUCUACACUCUGGCAAUGAAUAAUUGAUUAAAGCUUGGCUUGUGAUGGACAGGGUAAGUUCUGCCUAACUAAUGUAUGUGUUGUAAUUUGUAGGAACUUUUAUUCUAAUUUGUAGAAAUGUUUAAAAGUUUCAUUGUAUGUUUAAUAUUGUUAAAAUAGUUAAUAUUGUUCAAUUAUUGUUUAUAUAUUCAUUUUUGAAGUUAGAUAUUAUACUUUAUAGUAAGAUUUUUUUUGAUCAAUAAAAAUUAUUUUUCUUUAAAAAUUAUUUUCCUAAGAAUGACCACUGGGAGCUGGCAAUGUUUGUGAGGCUGACAGUUAAAGCUAUUUAGUUAGUGGGAGAGUUAGAGCUAGCUGGAUAAGAAACUGGAAAUUUACGCCAGUGUAUGGCAGAACAGUAGCCUAAUGCUGGCUGGGAGAAAGUCAACUUGUAACAAAGAAUUCUGAAUAAAGUUCAAGUGUGGAGAAACUUUGUAAUUGUUAUUUGUUGUGUUUAAACUAUAAAUAAAAGUUUAACUUUGUUUAA